AUGGCGAACUUUAUAUCGUUACAGAGAUUUUCGAGCUACAACCGAUUGGUGAGGAGCACCGCAUGGGUGCUCAAAUUUAUUCGACGGUGCCGUGGACUACGCUCUGAUCGAGAGGAUCACGGACUGACGUCGAUGGAGUGCGCGGAGGCCGAGCGCGCACUGAUAAGGCAAUCGCAGGGAGAAGCGUUUGCUAAAGACAGCCAAGGAAAGGCCGCCAAAGGCAGCCGACUGAAUGGGUUGUCACCACACUUCGACGAGGACGGAGUAAUGCGAGCCAGCGGGAGGAUCGACGACGCGGCGUGUGUGCCAUACAGCGCGCGACGGCCGAUCAUACUGUCUCACGAGGAGGCACUGGCGGAGAUGAUUAUGCAGCAUUACCACGAGAGGAUGUGCCACCAAAAUGUGGAGGCAACUAUUGAAGCGACCCGGCAGAAGUUCUGGAUUACGAACUUACGGAGGCUGCUACGGAAGGUGAUGAGUAACAGCAAUGUAUGCAAGCUACGGAAGGCGCGACCUGCACAGCCGGAGGUGGGUCCCCUGCCAGAGGACCGGCUGGAGGCCAACGGAUGGCCAUUCAAGUAUACCGGCCUGGAUUAUUUUGGACCGCUAUUUGUGACUGUUGGACGUCACACGGAGAAAGGAUUCCUGUAUAAUCGCCAUGAGGAAAUUCAUGAGCCGCCGUGGACCGGUGGUCAGGAUAAGGAGCGACAAUGGGAAGAACUACGUUGGAGCCGAUAG